AUGUGCUAUGAUCCAAAGUCAGAUGUGGUCACUAUUGUUCCAGCUUACACUUUGGUUUAUGAGCGAGCUCAGCCUAUCCUGGGCCCCUAUCUGGUCAGCACACUUGGGGUCCCCACAUCUAGAGCCAGCAGAGGCCCCCAUAAUCUCCCACAGAUAAGCUGCCUGACCUCCACACUAUCUGCAGGACAGAAGCUCCCAAAGCCUGAGCUGCCAACACAGCUGCCACCAGGGCUUGCAGUUGUUGAUGUGGUGGCCUUUAUAUUUUACUUCCAGCUAGACCACCACCCUGGAGCCUGCUCUGGAAGGCCGGGGAGGGGAAGGUGUGAAGGAGGCGGGGCAAGAUACAGGAGGCGUGAGGGGCGUGGCUGGAGGCACGAGGGCGGCGGCGGCAGGGGCAGGGAAGCAAACUGCCAAGGAGCUGUUGUAGUAGCUGAGAGCAUGGAGUCGCUUUCAACUAGUCGAACCUUGAUGGUGGUGCACUGUGUGUGUCUGUUCUGGUCGCUCUUCGCCAUCACCCAAAGCGUGAGGCUGACGAAUGGCCCUCAUCUGGAGAUGAAGAGGACCUUUGGAGGUCCCUGGAAGUACCUGACUUUUCUCAACCAGAUUCUUCAAAUUGUGUUAUUUGUAAUCUGUGUCACUCAUGAUGUAAUUUAUAUACGCAACCCUACUAGAAGGAAGGGACUACCUGUCCGUUUAGUGACUAUUCGAGAUUGGAUGUUCUCAGUGCUUGUAUUUCCCAUUGGCACUUUUGUAGUUUUUACCUUCUGGAUUCUCUAUGCCUUUGACCGAAAAUUUAUAUUUUUCCAAGAGUUAGAUGGAACCUCUCCAAGUUGGGUCAAUAAUUUCAUGCAUACAACUAUAUUGCCAUUACUUCUCAUAGAGUUGAUCAUAUGUCCCCAUAAAUAUCCUAGUAGAAAGAAAGGAGUGCUGGGACUUACCAUCUUUGCAACUAUAUACAUUAUAUGGAUACUCUGGAUAAAUUACACAUCAGGAAUUUGGGUAUACCCACUUCUAGAAAACCUUAACAAAAGUGGAUUGCUGGUGUUUUUUAUAUCUUGUUAUUUUGGAAUAAUAGGCUUCUAUUUCUUGGGAGCAUGGCUGACAAAGUUGAUAUGGGGGAAACAGUUUGUAGAGAGUCAGCCUCCUAGAAUUCCAGCAGGAAUGACAACAUUUACCUUGAAGGUGGAAUCUGUAGGCGCUUCUGAAAACUCAAAAAAUUGAAAAGCUGAAGAAAAUAAUGCAACCAAUUACAAACCAAGUAAAUAAACGUACUUUAAAAAUUAAA